UUAACACAUCAGAAAACAUAAAUUAAUAUCGUAGAAAUGUAAUUAGCCACUUUUAUAUAGUCAAAAUCUCUCAUGACCAAUGGCGAAUUUUAGAUUUUCAUGACGACUACUACUGUUAGAUUAAUAUUUCAAAUGAUUACUACCCGUUUGUGGAGCUGUGACUUACUGGUAUAGGGACUUGUCUGUCGUCCAUUUGGGUCGCGGGUUCGUACCUACCGAGGUGUGGGCAGCCAAGUGGUAACAUUAGCCUUCACACAAUGGGUGCGGCUCAUUGCUAACUGCGUGCGUAUGCAAAUGGUUGUUAAGUAAUAUUAAUUAAUUAGUUAAUCUGUGUGUGUGAAGCAGAAUUUUAUGAAUAGUACUUUGCUUUAUUUUACACCUGCCGUACAUUGAUAGAUAGUUGACCGAAGUGGUUUGUUAUUCUAAAUGCACUAAAUCUGAAGUAUUGUUAUUAAUAUGAUUACACUAAAGUCUUUUAACAAUUUAACACCUUUUAGUGAUGGAAAUCUUAUACAACUAUCCACCGAAUCCGGCGGUUGGAACCUCAAACAAUAGCGAAAAUGGUCCUUCUGACCAGGAAUCAGCUACAAUGUCGACUAAAGUACAAGAUAUGUCUGUAACCCAACUGAGAAAUUUCAGUUGCAGUGGUCCAAGUAUGCUCCCUAAUCUCCCGAAUGGCCAUAUCCCUGCGAUCACUAAUCAAUGCAGUGCAUUUGGAAACGUGUCGACAGAAAAUUAUCCCAAUCAUUUGUCACCGCGUAUAUCACCCUAUCUCUUGGGAAUGCUUCAGUGUCGACCAGUAUCUUUACCUCUUACAAGGAAAGUUGUAAAAGAAGGAUGGCUUAUGAAACGUGGUGAACAUAUUAAAAACUGGAGGCGCCGAUAUUUCAAGCUACGAGAAGAUGGGACAUUUUACGGUUAUAAAAGUCAGCCUAAAGAUGACAUGGCACAACCGUUAAAUAAUUUUACUGUCCGUGGCUGCCAAAUUAUAUGCCUGAAUAAACCCAAACCUUACACCUUUCUUAUUCGUGGUUUGCAAUGGACUAAUGUAGUGGAGCGAUUAUUCUUUGUUGAAACAGAAGCAGAACGCAAUGAUUGGCUUGGUGCGAUUCAAAGUGUAGCUAACAGGCUGAGAUCCUCGUGUGAAAUGCCAAUAUCUGUGCAUAGUGUAGACUUAUCUGACAAUGUUGUUGUUGAUAUUCCCCAAAGACCUGUGAAGCGUUAUUCUGUCAAUGACUUUCGACUUCUAAAAGUUUUGGGUAAAGGUACAUUUGGAAAGGUGAUUCUAUGCCAAGAAAAUGAAACAGGUCAUUUUUAUGCGAUGAAAAUACUAAAGAAAUCAGUACUGAUUGAAAAAGAAGAGGUUGUUCAUACAAUGACAGAAAAUCGAGUAUUACAACAAUGCAAACAUCCAUUUAUGACUGCACUGCGGUAUUCAUUUACCACACCGAAUUGUUUAUGCUUUGUCAUGGAAUAUGUGAAUGGUGGUGAAUUAUUUUUCCACUUGCAAAGGGAUCGUAUCUUUUCAGAAGAAAGAGCCAAAUUCUAUGGGGCUGAGAUUACACUUGCACUGGGUUAUUUACACAAUCAGAAUGUUGUCUAUAGGGACCUUAAAUUAGAAAAUUUAUUAUUGGAUAAAGAUGGACACAUAAAAAUAGCUGAUUUUGGUUUAUGCAAAGAAGACAUGUACUAUGGUGCAUCGACAAAGACGUUUUGUGGUACUCCUGAAUAUUUAGCGCCUGAAGUUCUGUUGGAUAGUGAUUAUGGGCGUUCAGUCGAUUGGUGGGGUCUUGGUGUAGUAAUGUAUGAGAUGAUGUGUGGACGCUUACCCUUUUAUUCUAGUGAUCAUGAGGUUUUAUUUGAGCUGAUUCUUCAAGAAAAUGUCUCAUUCCCACCACAUCUUACACAACCAGCACAAGAUAUUCUGUCCAGACUAUUGAUUAAAGAUCCUACCAGUCGUUUAGGUGGUGGAACACAGGAUGUUCUAGAAGUUAUGGCACAUCUGUUUUUCGCGUCAAUUGAUUGGGAUCGUUUAAUCAGAAAAGAUAUUCAGCCACCGUGGAAACCAGAUGUUAUGGAUGAAAAAGAUACUAAAUACGUUCCAGAUGAAUUUAAAGAUGCAUCAGUAGAUCUCACACCACCAGAUGAUGAGGAUAGUAAAAGUCAAAUUGUCGAUGGACCGUAUUUUGAACAAUUUAGUUUUCAUGGUAGCCGACAAAGUUUGAAUAGUAGAGUUAGUGGUUAUAGUUUCGGUGAGGUAUCUUGAAAUGUUUUUCAUUGUGUUUUUUUUGCGAUUGUUUAACUAUUUAAUUCCCUCCAGCAGCUAUACAUCUAAUAUUCAUCUCAUAACUUUUGUUUGAGAUGGGAACAACCCCCCCCCCCCCAAAAAAAAAGAAAGAACAUAUAUAAAACAAACAGAUAGAUACACAUGAUUUAAGUUACUCUACAUUACUUCUCUCCGUUAACACACGGAUAAAAUCUAAACGAUUAUUCUUUCCAUAAUAAUUACGGUUUCAUUGUGUUUUGCUCACUUAUCUGAUAAAUACAUGUGUAUCUCUAUAAGUCUUAUCAAAUUCUUCUCAUCUUGACAACUGUUUUAGGCCAUUUAUUAUUAUUAUUUUUUAUUAUUGAAUAUAUUACAAUAUUUUUUGGUUUAUUACAACCAGUGUAAUAUUUUAAUUAUUCACCAGUCUAAAUAGUCAUUACUACUGCCAUUUAUAGCUGUUUUUGUCGUUGAAUUUAUCCUCAUUUAGGCAUCAUGUUAUUCGACAGACUUUUGUCCUGUUUCUUUUGUGAUCACCAACAACUCAGCUAUCCAUCCAUAUCAGUGUGUUUCCAUUUUUUUCUUGCAGUGUGUGUGUGUGUGUGUGUGUGUGUGUGUGUGUGUGUGCGUUAUUCAUCUCAUUUAUUCAACUGUUAUCCUUUUGAGCAGUUUUUUUUCUAAAAAGACCUUGUUUUAAGAAGUAUAUACUGUACUGAUGUUAUUUUUUAUCAGUGUGUGAUUUCACUGUUGUCUUGCGUUGUCAGCAUCAUUUUUAUAGAAAGCUUUAUGAUCAUCUGUCUUCAUUGAAUAUAUAUAUGUCUUCUUUUCUUUUUUAUUUUUACUGUGGAACUUUAUUUGAUUUUAUUGAGAAUAUUCACCUUCAUUUGCUCAGUCAUUAUUUUUAUUCCAAAUAAUACAUCACAAAGUUUAUUUUAUUUAACAACGUACGUACUUACAGAUUUCAUUAUUUAGUCAUCAUGAAAAGAUUAUAAGAUUUGUUGUAGUGUUUGUAGUAUUCAAUUGUAUUAUUAUUAUUAUUUGCUUAUGAUAAAUAAAUAAAUAAGUUUCAGCACAUACAUUAUGUACGGUUUAUUUUGUUUUCAACUGUGUAUGUGUGUGUGUUUGUUAGUUUAUUCAACUUCCUUGCGAAGAAAUAUAUUCGCCUUAAUUUUAAUAGCUACAAAUUGAUAUCAGUUAGAAAGUCAAUUGUGUACGUCGGUGAUCCACCGCCCAACCGAUAGCUUCUACCUUGACGUUCUGGCAAGGUUUGUAUAUCGCAGUGAUCCAAAAAGCCACACUGGCUGAGAAUGAUGUUCCUGAAGGUCACACUACGUCAGGAAGAUCGUUCAGACUAAAGUCAGUUACCAUCACUCAUCGUAUUCAGACUGCUACUUUAAUAAUCUUCAACGAUUUCACAGUAGUGUUUCUCGAAACUGCAUCAACUAGGAAAGAGUCUGUGACCCCAUAUUUAUUCCAUUUCUUUUUAUUGCACUUUCUUUUGCAGAAUUGAUCUCUCUUCAAUUCGUAU